UACCAUUUCCUCCCACCCCCGGUUUACGCGGCGCCGUCGCCGACCCGCUUCUUCUCUAGCUCCCAACCUGCACUGCACGUCCCCCCUGCUUCCCGUCAUCGCUCCAAAACUCCGCUCCAAAACUCCACCAAGUACCAAUCGCCGCCGAUCACCGCCAGCCAUGGCGCCGCCCCCUACCUUUGGUCCCGGCUCGCCGCAGCGGCGGCUCUUCCAGGCGGCGGCCGACGGCGACCUCCAUCUCUUCAAGAGGACCGCGAGCGCUCUGGACGCCGGGAGGGGCCGCCUGAGGGAGGCGGUCGAGGCCGUGAGGAGCCGCGGUGCCGGGGCGCUGCACGUCGCCGCGGGCCACGGGAGGAUGCCGGUGUGCGUGUACCUCGUCGAGGAGCUCCUCGUGGACGUCAACGCGUCCGACGAUUCAGGAGAUACACCUCUGGCCUAUGCAGUUCGUAGUGGCACUUUGGACACUGUGCAAUAUCUUCUUCAUCAUGAUGCUAAUCCAGAUAAGCCUAAUGGAAAAGGGUCUACCCCUCUCCAUUUAGCUGCUGCAGGAGGAAAUUGUGAAAUGUUAAAAGCCUUACUCUCAAAAGGGGCCAAUGUUGAUUCAUUUUGUAAUACUGGGACACCAUUGCAUGUGGCUGCUUACCUUAAGCAGGAUGGUGCUAUGAAGAUUUUGUUGGACCACAAUGCAGAUUGUAACAAGGUAGUUAACACAGUCUGCACUCCUCUUUUCAUGGCACUCUCUGCUGGCUCACUUAAAUGUGUGAAGCUUCUGAUUAAGGCUGGUGCUGAUGUGAAGGGCGUUGGCACUGUAACUCCCUUAAUAAUUGCUGCCAACGAGGGCUUAACUGACUUCUACAAUUGCUUACUGGAGGCUGGUGCAGAUCCUGAUGUUCGUGAUGAUUUUGGUCACCUUCCAAUAUAA